UGCAGUACAGUGAUUCCAGUCGAAAAUAUUACCGCACGCGCACUGUACACCACCACGUACCGGGUCAUCACCGGCACCGGCACCAGCCCCCAUAUGCAUGUACGUCCAUCGCGCCUAUGACCCGUCGUACACGUUCCGUUAAUUGCUAUAUAACACUCACUAUCAUAAUUUAUUGGUACCGGUAUUAACCUCUAAAGAGGCAAUAUCACAUCACAGCUAACAUAAUGGGAUGGAAGUUAACAGUCUUCGUUCUUCUUCUUGCAGUUUCUGUGGGUAUCAUAUUUUCUUUGAUAUUGACACCAAGAUUAAAAACUGAAACUCCAGAUGCAGGAGACGGCUGGUGGGCUAUUAACGAAAAUGUAGAUCGAACAUCCGCCGAAAGUUCGGGGAGCGAGAUAGACACAUCCGUUCGCAGAUUUACAGUGAAUGUGUCUGAUGAUGUUUUGGUAGAUUUGACUUCUAGAAUUCGGAACGCCCGUCUCAUUGAACCAAUUUUGGAAAAUGCUGCAUUUGAGUAUGGAUUUAAUGCUGGAUACAUGCGAAAAUUACAGCAGUACUGGCUGAAAAAAUACAGUUGGAGAGAUGCUGAAAAACAAUUAAAUCAGUUCGACCAAUUCUUGACCAACAUUGAAGGCAUUGAUGUUCAUUUCAUCCAUGCUAAGCCCAAUCUAAAACCUGGACAGAAGGCUAAGCCUAUCAUCAUUAUUCACGGCUGGCCAGGUUCAGUCUAUGAAUUCCACAAGAUAAUACCUAUGUUGAUCGAUCCCACAAGCCAUGGAGGAUCAUCUGACGAUGUCUUUGAGGUCAUCUGUCCAAGUAUUCCUGGUUUUGGAUUCUCAGAAGCACCUCAUAGGAAAGGUUUUUCAGUGGAUAAUGCAGCACGAGUGAUGAAUAAAUUGAUGCAGAGGUUAGGGUUUAAGAGCUACUAUGCCCAGGGGGGUGAUAUGGGAACAGCAAUCACUGUCAACAUGGCUAUCAUGUUUCCUGAUAACGUGAAAGGACUUCAUAAUAAUGACCUUGCUCAGGUGAGCGGUAAAUCCUUUCUUUACCCUAUGCUUGCAAACUUGUGGCCAUCAUUUUUCUUACCGAAGGAAGAAGAAAGAAAUGCCCUCCUAGGCAUCGGAGAAAGGAUAAAAUUUGUCAUCACAGAAAUGGGAUACAUGUAUGACUUUGGAACAAAACCAGAUUCCUUAGCAAUGGCUUUAAAUGACUCUCCAAUGGGCCUUGCCUCAGUUAUUCUGGAGAAAUUCUCUCUCUGGACCAAUCGUAAUUGGAGGAAGUUUAAAGAUGGUGGUCUCACACAAGCUUACAGUAUGGAUGACCUCUUGACCAAUGUCAUGAUUUAUUGGGUUAAUGGAAAUAUAGCAUCCUCUGUGCGACUCUUCAAAGAAGAAUUUGGUGAAAAUGCAAAAGGAUAUCACUUUGAGUAUUCCAGCCGUGUUCCCUUUGGCUAUGCCUGCUUCCCUUAUGAAUUUAUGGCAACAUCAGAUUGGCUUAUGAAGAUAUUCCAUCCACGGAUUCUUCACUUCACCUACUUCAAUGACGGAGGUCACUUCCCAGCAUUUCAAGUUCCAUCCUUAUUAGCCCAAGAUAUUAGAGAGUUUGUAAGGAAGGUAGAAGCACUCUAAUGUCUUUAAGAGUAAAGCAAUUCCAGUAAAAAGAUAAUAAAGUUUGAAAUAUUUAAAAUUGCAAUGAAUAACAAAUUAGCAACUUUGUAGUGCCAAAACUAUAAUAUAAUUCAUGGGUAUUGUAUUCAUGUUAUUUCAUUGAGACUUAUGUCAGAAAUCUUUUAGAAUCUCCCAUCAUUGGAGAUUGAAAUUUUAGUAUGCAUGUAGUUUGGUGCUCAACAAAAAAGCACAUUCUUAAAGGAGAAUGAAACCCUAAAAACAAAUUAGCUUGUUUGAAAACAGAGAAAUCAAAGAAAUAAAUCAAUGAAAGUUUGAGACAAUCUAAGCAAAUAAUAGGAAAGUUAUGAGCAUUUGAAUGUUAAGGACAUCUUUCUAUUGUCAUUAUGACAAACAUGUGUGAUGUCACAGUUGUAUAACUCCCCAAUUACUUUACAUAUUUUCCAUAAAUUGUUUUAUUAUAUCAGUAUCGAGUAUAUCCACAGACAAUUUUUUUUCAUGUGAGGACAUACUAUAAGGGUUCCAUGAAAUAUAUCAUGGACAAAGAGUUGCUACUAUCAUGAGAAUGAGCAAAAAUAGAUGUUUUUAGUGUACAAAGGGGAGAGUUGUACUUCUGUGUCAUCAUAAAUCUUGCUUCCAUUGCCAAUGGGAGAAUCUCCAUAGCAUUAAUGAUUUCAUCAUUUAAUUGCUCAUAACUUUCUUAUUGUUUGUCAAUUUUUUCUUGAAAUUUUAUUGAUCAUAUUCUUUUAUUUCUUUGUUUUCAUACAAGGAUUUCAUUCUCCUUCCUAAUUAAGGACUUUCCUUGGCUUUGUUUUCCAUUGGUAAAUACAUUUUAAAGAAAACCUACCCAUAAAGCCCACCUGCCUAUUAAAACUGCUAAGGUUUCCUGCUGGAAUCAAUCACACAUAAUAUUGUACACCUAUUGACCUAAAAUGAUAAGUUAUGAAAAUAAGAAGUACUCUAUAAUUUUAUUCUGUAUGUUUCUUGUAAUGCAACCUUAUCCACUGUUAAUGAUAAGGUACAAAUUACUGAAGAGUUUAAUUACAUGUUUGGUUGAAUACCAAUAUUCACAUUCUCACUAACCUGAUGAAGACAUAGUUUGUAUUCUACCUUUCCCCACUCAAGGAAUGACUUCACUAUAUGUUACAAAACAAUUAUAAAACUGUAAAUUAAUAUGAUCAUUAAGAUUUUAACAAAAAAUAUCUAACCAAUUCUAUAAUUAUGGUUUUUCAAUAAGGUGUAAUAGGCUAUACAUAGAACGCUGUGUCUUUGUUAGUUGAGAGUAUAUCCCUUUAGUUAUGAAUAUUUCUUUAAAGAUUUGCCCUCUUUCUAUAUACCACUCUUGUAAAGUUUUCAAUUUCGCUCUUAUAUUGUAACUAUAUUUUGAUGAUUGUCAUAAAAAAAUUAUUUGUUGCGGCAGUUUUCUCUAUUAAAUCAAGUUGACCUAAACUGAGGACAAAUGUCUGAGUUCAAACCAUGUAUUAUCAAAGGGGUAGAUUCCAUUUCACCCAUACCCUUUACACACACCUACUGUUUAUCUACAUGUCUCCUCAUUUAGUCUUAUUGCAUUCACCUUUUGGAUGCCUUUAUGAGUAGUUCAUGUAUGCGUUGUUAUUUUACUUAUAAAGUUAAUGUAAUUUUUCAAAGCAGGUUUGGACUAGAUGUAUCUUUGCUUGUGAUAAGUUUAAAUGUUAAUGACAUAGUUUGCAUGAAGUUUAUUAAGCAAGAUUGACAAUAAUUCCCCCAAAUCAAAUGAAUUUGAAUAAAUGUUAUGAACAUAUUAAUCAUGGCAAUGAUGAGGAAACAUUCUGUAUGACAAUCAAUGUGCAAAGUGAUUGUAUGAUUUCUUAUUUUCAAUCAGUUCAUCGAUUCAUCUAUUCAACUUCUAUUCACCCAAAUAAAAAUGUAAUAAAAAUGUUUGACACUGGAUUAAUGAUUUUAAAAGGGGUUCAUACCCUUCAUCAGCAAAGUUUAGUGGCAAUGAAAUAUUGAUUCUUGUUCUGAAGAUGUCAAGAAAUUAUGUGAAUUUAAUGCCUGCCAUUAGAUUAUAAUAUUUGACUCCCACCCUCAUGUGUCCUCUGAAUAACCUUUAUAUCAUUACUAUCAUAUAAUUAAUGAUUAAUAUUCAGAUUUAACAGAGGGUGUAAUGUUUCAACAUCAUGGUAUUAUUUCUCACCACCUACAAGAUCUCAAAGAUUUCAUUAUUUUGAUAGAUUCAUUCAUUUUGUGUUUGGUUUAUUAGUUUGGUUUUUCUUUUCUGCUUAUAUCAAAAGCAAUAUAGAUGUUAGUAUUGAGAUUAAUUUUCCACUGACAAACAUAGCUUUAACCACGAUUUUAAACCACUUCAAAUCUAUGAAAUGUUCCAAUUUAUUUACUAUGACAAUUAGUAGCAGCUGAACAGGUUCCAAUAAAGUGUGUGAUUUAAAUAA